UAUGAAGCAUGCGGUGAGAUUUGAAUAAUUCAUACUGUAAGGCCACUGCAGAAUUAUUGUGUAUUGUCAAUUUGCUAUCUAUUUCUCUGAUGUACAUGUAAAACGAUGGCACAUCGARCUCAAGUCUACGGUCUGGAUAGGGAGAUACAGACAAAGAUUGACUCCAAGUACAACCUUCAGAAAGAGGCAGAGGUGAAGGACUGGAUCGAGUGUGUGAUUGGUGAACCAGUAUUCGAGGGGAGGUCUGGAGCCGACGGCAUUCAGGAGACUCUCAAGGAUGGCCAAGUGCUCUGCAGACUCGCAAAUAAACUCGGAGCAGAAAUACGAAUAAAUCAACAGAAAAUGCCAUUUAAACAGAUGGAAAACAUCAGCAACUUUCUUAAAUUUUGUGRCGAAACCCUUGGUGUGGCUCAGUACGACUUGUUUCAGACGGUGGAUUUGUACGAAAACAGAAACAUGCUGAAUGUCCUCAACUGUAUGACUGCGGUGGGUCGACGGGCACACGCUAUGGGUAUGGACGUACCUCCACUAGGCCCAAARGAAUCAACCAAAAACCCACGACAUUUUACAGAAGAACAGCUGAAUCAAGGAAAAUCGCAUAUCAGCCUACAGAUGGGAUCACCAGCCGGAGCCAACCAAUCAGGGCAAAACUUUGGACAAUCUCGACAAAUUAUCAAUAAAUAGAUGAAUAAAAAGUUUUAAUKAGAAAGUGGCGUAACACUGUUUCCGGACUGACAUAACAUAUCGCUUUUAUGCUUCACUGCUUAUGCAACCAUAAAUAAAUACAUAUUUGACUUUCUUUCA